UCUCAGAUGAGGCCACCCAGGUGGGCCCCAGGUCCAACGCUCAGUGUCCCCUGCAGAGGGUGGUGGAGACGGGAGAGGUGAGGGGCACAGGGGCGGCUGUGGGAGGCAGAGACGGGCGAAGGCCCUGCCAAGGAGCCUCCGGGGGAGUGUCCCCGCCCCACACACCCUGAUUCCUCGUUCCCUGCCUGCAGGACUGUCAAAGACUAAAAGGCUUUUGUUAGGUCACCCAGUUUGUGGAGCUCUGUGACAGCAGCCCUGGGACACUCGGCAGCACAGGCGGCUCGCAGACAGGCUGCCCUGGGAGCUCACACAAGUGCCUGCAGAAUGGGGCAGGUCUAGCCUGGAUCUCGGAGCCAUUCUGUCCCCGAAAAAGAAGAAUACUGUCACCUGUGCCCCACACCAGACCUCUGCACGGUGGGAAGAACAGAGGCUGGGGACGGGGCUGGGGGCCCUGCACGUGGCCGUGCAGCCAUGUGGGCUCCUCACUCAGCCCGUGCUCGUGGCCUCUCCUAUAAAAUGGGUCCUCCCCGGGCUGACCCCUAGUCCCGCCGGAUCUCGCAGAGCUGAAGCUCAGGCUACCCGGGAGGGCCGGCGGGGCGAGGCCAGGGCCCGCUGGGACCUGGGAAAGGUGCAGGGGGAAUGGGGAGGCCCUGGGUGGAGCCCCCUCCCACAGGCUCAGCAUCUCAGGAACAAGAGGGAAGGGCCCGGAAGCCAUGGGGGUCCCAGGGGGCACCCGCCGAGCCUGGUCUGGCCUGGCCCUGCCUCGUGGAACGGUCCCCUGGGGACCCCAGGAGGGUGGCUGAGAUCCCAGAGACGGGCGUAUGUUUGGACAACCCGUGAAGCACCCGAGGUCUGGCACUUUGAAACUCUGGCCCAGAGAUGAGAAACCCCAGGGCGUGGCGGCUGCCGUUACCUGAGGACUGAGGUGGGGGGAUCAUCGCAGCCUUGAGAAGGAGAAAAAGGCACCGUGAGGACGGCCCAGCGCCAGCACCCACCCGAGCCUGUCAGCCGGGGGACGCCGGUUACUUACGGCUUCGCCAGGCUGCAGGGCUGGGGCUGCGAGACAAGAAAGCGGCACGUCACCACAAGGCGAUGGCACCAGAGGCUGGGAAGCUGUGUCAGCCCGAGGCGGGGCCACCCAGCACCACAGGGCCAGCGGUGGCUCUCAGCCCGGGGCGGGGGUCCGUGGGGCUGACUCUCUGCACCAGGCUGGCCGCCCGCGACCCCAGGAGAGGGAAGGGAGAGGGCACAGUGGCUGUGGGAGCUGAGAGCCACCUGGUCCCCACUGCGCCCCGCCUGUACAGUGGCUGCGGGACCCCGAGGUGACGCCUGCCUGAGGUGCAGGGGAGCCGGGGCCCUGAGCAAGGCCCCUUGGUGCUGUGAGCAGCACCAAACGCCCGCCCUUCACACAGACCCAUCCAAAUCCCCACGGAACGUUCCGGGAAGUGGCACAAGUGCCGCCACCCCCUUCCUCUCCAGUCCCCCUUGCCAGUCUGCUCUGGGCCUGGACGUCCCCAGCCGCAGGCCACUUCCACACGGGGUCCCCGCCCUCCCGCGGGGUGUGCCGGGCUGGGCAGAUACCUUUGCUUCUCCUGUAGAAGACCCCGGGGAGUUUGCUGGAGCGCUUGAGGUAGAAGAACCCAGCCACGGAGAGGAUGAGGCCGGAGCUGAUGAGGAGUGUCCCCAGGAAGAGGGAGGCCGCCACGUGAGGACCCCCUGCAAGCAAACCGACCACCCAGAGGGCCCUGGGGCACCUGAUGCCCCGGGACGCCCACCCUGAGCACACGUGAGCCUCGCAGGAGCCAGCCUUGGGGGAGCCACGGGCUCUGCACGCGGGCUCGGGCCACCCCUGCAGCCUCGGCCACGCCCAGAGCCGCGCCUGUGUGGGCGUGGGAGUGCGUGCUUGGCGUGAGCACUUCCCUGACUGCACACCCGUGGCUCAGCCCGCGCCAGCUGGACUCCUUGCGGCCCUGUCUCCUGACCAGGGCCCUGCCACACGGCACCCGCGACUGGGCCUGAAGUUCGGACGUGGCCCAGCCGUGGCCAGCGUCAGCUGUCAGGGUCUGCACCAGCAGCGGCUCCGACCGGCGCCCCACGCCCAGGACCUGGGCAAGGCGGCUCCGGCCUGGGGAGCCAAGAGACUUACCGACAUGUGGCCGUCCGGGGCUCCCUGCGCUCCUGUUCACGGGGAGAGGCGUGCCCCGGCUGGCGGCUGCGGGAGAGGCACUGUGGGGGGCCGGCCACGGGGACCCCAGCAAGGACCCCCCCCAUAGCCUGCAGGGGAUCUCAGGGCCGGAAAGGUGGAAGCAAAGUGGCCACAGGGGCACCGCCCUCACCCACAGCCACCCGCGGGGCCCCAGGAGGAGACGGCUCCUGGGUGUUCACAGGUGGACAGGGGCUGCAGGGCAUGGGGGGCCAACCCCACGGCCGUGGGGACAAGGACCUCGACUCCCACCAGUUCUCCCAAACCAGGGAGGGGCAUGGACCCUUGGUGAGAAGGGCGGGACGUACGGCUUCUGCACUCGGAGCUGUUGUGGGCCAGAGAGGUUCCGUUCCCGCAGCGGAUGCAGCUGGCGCUCCCGUCCGCGUUCCAGCGCCUAUAGCAGCCUGCGCGGGAGGAGGCGGGGCCUCUCAGCUGGAGCGAGAUCUGUCAACCCCCUGUCUUCUGGGACUCUCUCUACGCUCUGAGUUUGUCAAAUAACUGUCAUUCGAGGACACUGACACACACACAGGAGGUUGAAUGACGCUGGGCUCCGAGCCCAAACUCACCCGACAGGGAGUGGGGAAACCAGAACCCAAAUAAACAGGUGCUGCCCGGGCCUCCUGCUCUGGACCGGAGCCGGCCUCACCCCUCGGCCCCCCCAGGACACCACCCCCAGGGCCCGGAGCCCCCACCUCACGCACAGGGCACCCCUCACGCGGCCCCAGGCAGUACAAGGCCUGCCCUGCUGCCUCUGGCCCGGCUCAACCCAAGGGUAGUCUGUGGCCCCUGCACCCUGGUGCCCUCCCCCGGGGUCUCUCUUGGGGACUCCCUGCAAGGCCAAGCCGUCCCCCGGGGUCUCUCUUGGGGACUCCCUGCAAGACCAAGCCAGACACACCCCAGAAGGGCCUGCCCAGGUUCUUGCUGGCCGGCAGUCUGUGGACAGUCCGUCUUGCCAGCUGACCAGGGCCCCUAAGGGAGGAAUCCAGUCUCACAUCUUCACUUUUCUAACAUCCCAAAGUUUGCUCAGAGCGGAGCAGACACACGCUCAGCAAGUACCGACUGCGGUGCUAAACGCAGCGCAGGACACGCAGCGGGGGAUAAGCCACACGCCCGGGGCCUCCCGUCAUAGACUUCGCUGGUUUCCUCUGAACACUCGGGGCCACGUGAGGGAGGCCCCCUGCAGACACGGGGCGGCGCACCGACACCAGGGGUCCGGCUCUUUCCCGCCCCUGGGCAUUGUCGGGGCAGGUGGACCCCCGGGGAGGCUCUGCCCAGGAGCCCAGCAGCGUGGGGCCCACAGCACACCUGGCCAACAGAGCGCUCCACCCAGAGACACCCCCCACCUGUGCCAAGAAGGGGCCAGAUGUUCCCACCCCUGCACCUGUGCGUGGAGCUGCCUCUGCCCUCAGACCCCCGAGGGCACCGCAGGCCCAGGCUUCCCAGCAGUCCCCGGGGCGUGGCCGUGGCCCAGCUGCGGGACAGCACUCGGGCUCCUGGGCCUAGAGGGGAGACAGCGGUGAGACCCCGGGACGGGGCCAGCCAGGCAGCCGCCGUGCCCAGCGCGGCCCUGGGCAAGGGCGUCCUGCAGGUGCAUCUCAACUCCCGCAGCUCCGGCCUCCUCUGGAGUCAUGCCUCAGCUGUGAACCUGACCGUGGUGAGAAGAAAUCUCUCCUGCCUGCAGCGGCAGGGAAAGUGUCCCAGCCCCGCCUGGCACCUGCCCAGGCUGCUGCGCUCCGACGCCCUGCAGGGCCCCCUCCCUCCCCGGCCCCUCACCGCCUCCCUGCUAAGCUCCACUGCUGCAGACCCCAAAGACUCCUUUGUGGGAAAAGGAAGCACAUUUUUCUAGACUGGGGUGACACAUGAGCACACUGGGCACCCUGACCCCUGGCGAGGGGCAGGGAGGCUGGCACCUGGUGUCUGCCCCACGCCCGCAACCAAAGGCCAUGGCACCGUGGAACAUCCACCCACAGGUCACGCUGGCCUUGCUGACAUCCCCGCGGUCCUCUGCGUGGCCCUAGAGGAAGUGCCCUGGCCAGGCCACGUUUUGGGAGGGACGAACUCACACCUGCUGCGUCCGUGUGCAGCGCCCACGUGCUCAGUGCUGGCAUUUAUGGCGUGUGCACAGGCCUGCACCCCCACCACGGGGCGGCUGCACAGGCUGGGGGAGUGUCCAGGGGGACCCCAGCUUGUGUGUUUGUCACAGCUGGGCUUUUGCUUCUGUCACCUGAACGUGGUGAACAGUGAGGGCGUCUAGGGCGACUGAGGGAAGCCGGGAGCGUCUCCACCAGGGAGGGGCCCAGUUCCUGACAGUGGCCUUGGCCAAGCCAGUGAGGGUGCCCCCCUCCUACCCACCCCCUCCCUGUGAGGCCACACCCGUCCCUGGCUGGAGUCGGAGCUGCUGCUGUCAGCUGUUCCAGACGCCAAAGCGCAGCACACUGCUGUCACUGGCUUGGCAGAGCCACUGCCGGCGGGAGCCAGGAUGCCCCAGCAGGGGACCCUGCCCCUCUCUGCCCCUCUCCUGAGCAGGUGGUAACCCAGCAGGCAGCCAGGGGCUCUGACCAGUUCCAGCUGGGGUAGCUCUGUAGAGACCCUAUUUUAGCUACAGUGACAGAUCCAGUUUAGCAAAGAGAGAAACUUCUAGAGGGCAGAAGAGAACAGGGGCCAGGCAUCCGGGGCUGUGCAUUUGCUGUCCUCUGUAAGGCAAGUGGACACGUGGACACGUGAUGCGGCACCUACCAUGCUUUCCGUGGACUUGCUGGCAACUCCCAGCAGAAGGCCAGCCAGGAGGGCGAGGCUCCGCAGUGCCAUGCGGGGGGCAGGA